AUGGGAGCCCGUGCGUUAUUAGUAAUUGAUAUUCAGAACGAUUUCUUACCACCAAAAGGAUCAUUGGCAGUUCAAGAUGGUGAUACUAUCAUCGAUCCUGUCAUCCAGCUUUUGCAAGAUCAGGAUUGGGACUGUGUUGCCAUGACUAAAGACUGGCAUCCGCCAGACCACAUUUCUUUUGCAAAGAACCAUGGAUUACCAGAUUUCAGUUCAUUCACCUACGACUCACCCGUUCCUGGGAGCACCGAGAAACAAAGUGCUACGUUAUGGCCAGUCCAUUGUGUCCAGGAGACAUGGGGCUCUGAGGUUCCGGAAAAAUUACUCGCUGAAAUUUUAAAGCUCAAGGUGCCACAUAAGAUUGUCAAUAAAGGUUACUUAUCGGAUCGUGAGUAUUAUUCCGGAUUCAACGAUAUCUGGAAUGAUCAUCACACUGAACUUGACGCCUUUUUCAAAGAGAAUGAUGUUACUGAAAUCUAUGUGGUCGGACUUGCAUUCGAUUUCUGCGUAAAAAACUCAGCAAUAAGCGCUGCAAACCUUGGUUACCAUGUAACUAUACUCAAGGAUUAUACUAAAGCUAUCGCAAAUGAUUUGCAAUCGAUUGAAUCGUUCAUCCAGGAAUUGGCCAAAAAUGAGGUCUCAGUUCAAGAGUCCAUCUGA